ACCCCCUUUCGCUUUUGGUUGGCGCUUUAUGAUGAGGUUCUAGUGUCCGUCACAUGUUGAUCUUGUAGUGUGUUUGAAGCAUGGCGUCUGUACAAAUUAGCGAAGCUGAGAAGGUCUAUAUAAUGCACGGAGUACGGGAUGAUUUACGAGUGGAUGGGCGAGGGUGUGAGGACUACAGGCAUAUGGAAAUUGAGACGGACGUAGUCUCAAAUACAGAUGGCUCUGCUAAAGUCAGAAUGGGCCACACGGAUGUCCUUGUGGGCAUUAAGGCUGAGCUCAGGAGGCCGAGGCCAAAUGUGCCGGAUGAGGGCUAUCUUGAGUUCUUUGUGGACUGCUCAGCAAAUGCCACACCUGAGUUUGAGGGCCGCGGGGGAGAGGAGCUGGGUGUGGAGCUGAGCAACACGCUGUAUAAGGUGUUCAACAGCCACCGCAGCCUGGACCUGCGCAGCCUGUGUGUAUGCCCUGGCGAGCACUGUUGGGUCCUGUACGUGGAUGUGCUGCUUCUGCAAUGUGACGGAAACCUGUUUGAUGCAAUGUCCAUUGCCAUAAAAGCAGCUCUGUUCAACACACGGAUUCCAAAAGUGCGGGUAUUGGAGGACGAGGAGGGGGGCAAGGAGAUUGAACUGUCUGAUGACCCCUACGACUGCUUGAGACUCAGGGUAGACAACAUUCCCUGCAUCGUGACCUUGUGCAAGGUUGGUCAUCGGCACGUGGUGGACGCCACUUUGCAGGAGAAGGCCUGCUCUGCCGCUAGCCUGUUGGUUGCUGUGACGCCCAGAGGAGCGGUGACCUGCGUGCGCAAGCUUGGAGCUGGCAGUCUGGACCCAGACAGCAUCUUCGAGAUGACUGAGACAGGAAAGCGAGUGGGAAAGGCUCUUCAUGCUCCUCUCAUGGAGCUACUGCAGAAGGAUGAGAGUCUUGGCAAGAAGAGACAGAAGGUUGGCUUCCUGGCAUAGCAUUACCUCCACCCCUUCUUCCUGUUGUUUUUUUAAAUAUUUUAAAUGUCAAAUAAAUGUAUUUGCAUAUUUUCUUUUUGAAUAUUGUUUGAUUUUGAAUUUCAAUUAAAACAGCAUUUAGUAUCACCUAAUAAAAUAAGAUGUUCUGUUAACUUCUUCUA